UGCCCCAUACAUGAGGUUCUUGCUUCUUAUUUAGCUCCCCCUCUGUCUGUUUACAACAUUUACUGUAAAAAUAACUGUCCGAACCAGCUGUACUUCCUUCGGGGUUUCUAAGUUUUUUUUAAAUAUUACUCAAUUGGGGGUUUGUUGCUGAAACAUUUAAAUAUUUAUAUUUGUGUAUAACAGAUCUGACAUAACAAUCAGCUAAAUACAUACUGUUAGGAUAACAUGUAGUCAGUGGGACGUGUAAACAUUUACUGGAUGACAUCAGCAAUUCAAGGCAAAAAUGAAGAGAAGAAGAGAGGGUAGACAGGGUGGAGUGGGUGGUUCAGGACUUAGGGGUAAUUUGCGAUAGAGGUUGGAGUGAAACCAAGGGACGAGAUGAUAGUGAGACCUGCUAUGAUGUAUGAGUUGGACAAGAAUGGAUUAUAAGAAGGUGAAGAUGUGGAGGUUUCCAGUGGGAGCAGUCAGGAGUAGAGGAAUGGAAAUGAGCAGAUGAGAAGACGUAAAGAAGAAGGAUGGAGAUAAAGUUAGAGAGGCCAGAUUAAAAUGGGUUGUAUGGGUGUAGCGGAGAAAUAGUUUAUUGGACAUGGAUUGGUGUAAAUAAAGAUAAUUUAAAAGUCUCACUAAUAUAUGAAGGAUGAUGUCAUUAAUGGAGGCAAACAGUGGGAGGAGACACAGGCAGACGAUCUUCUGUGACAGCUCCUAAAUGGAGCAGUUAUCAAAGCAUUGAAUCAAGAUGGGGAGAUUUAAAAAUAAUGUUAUUACAACUCACAUUAUAUAACAUUAAUAUUCACUUUAUAAAUAGUGAAUUGACAUUUUCAGCACUGAAAUGUAAAGGGCGGGGGAGAUGAGAUGAAAAACACCCUGUGACGGUGGAUCAGUCAAUGAAUUUCUGGUUUGUUUGUGAAGUGAAAAGGAACACUGCUUAGAGCACCUUGUCCCAAGUAAAUAUUUUUUAAAAGCCAGACAGACACAAGGAAAUCAUUAUUUACCACUCGGCCCUCACACCUCCCCGACCUCCUCCUGAUGCUUGCACAAAAACAAACACAGUUAGAGCCAAUGCAUGGCCAGCGUUCAGAAGAGGGUCAGUAUAUAUAGAGGUGCCUGUGCAGCAGCAUAAGGCGGGUCACUGUGUCCACUGGCCUCAGACAUGGCACGUCUGGUUCUCCCUGUAUUCCUUCUUCUCUGCUUCACUCUGCUCCAGUCUGGCUCCUGUCGCCCACCUCGAACCAGAAAGGCCGUGUCAGCUCGUCAGCCUGCAGAUGAAGAUGUUAAAUCUCAGCUUGAGAAGUUGUGGUUGGAAGUGAACUCACUGAAGGAGAUGCAGGCGCUGCAGACAGUUUGCCUCCGUGGCAUCAAAGCUCACAGGAAAUGUUACCUCACUGUUGAGGAACCCAAACAUUACCAUGAAGCAAAUGAAGACUGCAUUGCACAAGGAGGGACCCUUGCAACACCACGGGACAUGACAGAGAACAAUGAACUGAGGGACUAUGCAAAGAGAAGCGCUCCAGGAUCCAAGGACUUCUGGAUUGGUGUGGCAGACAUAGUGAAAGAAGGCCAGUAUGUUGAUGUGAACAGCAUGCCAGUCAGCUUUUUGAACUGGGACCGCUCCAAGAAGCAGCCUACAGGAAACAAGAGGGAGAGCUGUGUUGCUCUUUCAGUUGCUGCACAGGGGAAGUGGUACGACGAGGUGUGUCGCAGCCUGAAAAAGUACAUCUGUGAAUAUGUCAUUCCUUAGGAAAAAGGACUGGAAGUGACAACUGCAUUUUGUGGGUCAUUCAUACGAUAAUACAGAACAAACUAUAAAGAGAAUACACACGUCUUCAACCAAUCAAAUCAGUCAAUCAAAAUGUAUCUAUACAGCUCUUCACAACAAAGGGUGAGCAAAGGUACAAACUAAGCAGGUUCCAACAUAAAAAUAAGACAAAUAUAACCAAAAUUAAAAAGGUAAAACAGUAAUAAAUAAACUUGAGAACGGAAUAAAAAAGUCACAGUACUUUAAGGUAUUAUAAUCCAUUUUAAAUAAACAAAUUUAAUGCUUAGCUUUAAAAAGCACCAGAUCAUCAGUCAUGUGGAUGUCAGAGGGAAGUAUGUUCAAAUGUCUGGGAGCAAGCGAGAGAAGAGACUCGUAUCACAGUGUUUAUAACUGCUUGGAGGUAUUUACAGUAAAAAGUUCGAUUGACCAUGACCUGUUUUGACCAGAUUAGUUGAGUAAUAUAUCCCAAGGCCUUUUAGGGCCUUAAAAACAAACAUUCAAAUUCAAAUUCAAUUCUAAUAUGACUUAAGUGACAGUGAAGGUAUAAACCAGGGCUGACAUUUUCAUGUCUGCAUGCACCAGUCAAGAGGCUGCGUUCUGCAUGAGCAGGAGACGAUUAGAGGAAGACUGUGAACUGUGGACAAAAAGUGUAUCGCACUAGUCAAUUCUAAGACUAAUAAAAGCAUGAAGAGACUUUAUCAAGGUCAGUUGAUUCACAAAUGGUGUGACUGUUACUAAAAAGAGAAGUUAGAAGAAGGUGGCUGAAAUUACUUUGUCAAAUAUUAGCUCAUUGUCAAAACUCACCCCCAGAUUCUAAAAUGUAAGAAUGUGUAUUGUACUGUAAAUUGUGCACACACAUCCUUUCGAUAGUAAAAAUAGAAAAUUCCCCCGUACUGUUUUUUUCCUGUCUCGUAAUUGUCUCUUCAUGUCUCAAAUCUUUUUAGUUUAAGAUUUGAGGCAUACAGCACACCCUACUUACAAGUUCACACCCCCUCAGUUUGGACAGAUGGCCUUCAUGUGUGGAUCUUGCAUGUCAUCAUUUUAUGUUUUUCUCCAUAGUACAAAAACAUGAUACUUGGGGAUUAUGAUUAGGAUCAUCUGGAGACUUAAUAAUACCUUAGUAAUCACUUAUGUAACUGCAUGCACAUUAGUAUUUAUCUUAAUACUAAUUUUCCUGUAAGGGAAAUUAAUUUCCCCAAAUGUAUUCUGUGACUGGCAUACGUUCCCAUGAGGAUAAAGACUAAAAAUAUGAAGUAAUAAAACUUAAAAAAUACCUUGUUUGGUAAAGUAAAU